AUGUCGGAGAAGGUGUCGGAGAAGGCGUCGGAGAAGAUGUCGGCGUACAAGGCGUCGGGGAUGGCGUCGGGGAUGGCGUCGGGGAUGGCGUCGGGGAUGGCGUCGGGGGUGGCGUCGGGGAUGGCGUCGGGGAUGACGUCGGGGAUGGCGUCGGGGAUGACGUCGGGGAUGACGUCGGGGAUGACGUCGUACAAGGUGUCGGGGAUGGCGUCGGGGAUGACGUCGGGGACGGCGUUGGAGAAGUUGUCGUUUUUACCGCUGCUAGAACGUUGCUUCUCGUCAGAACAUCAUUGUCGUUCAAAACUUGGUUAUUGUCGCUGUCACUCUCCCGAAAAGCUGCGAAACCAGUUAAACAAGUUUAGGCGAGGGGGCUGCGCCGGCGCAGCGGGUGGAGGAACGGGCGGAUUGGUAGCGGGCGCGUUGGUACCUGCCAGAGGCACAGCGGGAAUAGGCUGUUCAGGAGCAGUGGUAGGCACGACAGCCGGGGGAGGAGCAGGGCCUGAAGUUGUUGGCGCCUGA